AUCUAUUACGGAAUGUCAUUAUUAGAUAUGAGCGUAUUAGAUUUAGAAACAUCAUUUUCAUUUAUCUUUUAGUUUGAACUUUUUAUAUAUGGUGUUCUAGGCUAUUUAGUAUAAUUUUUUUUAAAAUUUCUCUUUGCUUAAGCAUGAGUGCUCCGAAUGAAACUGAUGAAAGCAAAGGAGACGAUACCAAGGAAAGUUCAGAUUUUAGUGUUGGCCAAGAAGAUCGUCAGAAAGAUAAAAUUGAAGAAUCUGGAAUACCAGACAUACUCCGGAAGUCCGAUGAAACUAAUAUCGGUAACAUUGAAAAAACUUCAGAAAACGAAAGAAAACCAGUUUUAGACGAUAAAUGCGGCAUUGAUGGUCACUCUGAAAAACUUUCUGCUCUCGAAUCCGUUUCUGAAAAAGUCAUUCAAGCUGAUACUGGAGAAGCUAAAAUUGCUUCGGAAACUACAACUAAAUUUAUAUUAGAUAUCAAAGAUAAUACGACAGAAGAUUCAAUAGAAGUAUUAGUUCCAGAUUCAGAUUUUGAAAGCGGGAUUCAAUCGGAUAAAAUUUCUAGGUCGGUGACUUCUACUGUAAAAAGAAAACUUUAUUCUGAAGUUUCAAGUUUGGAAUAUUCGAAUGAUCUUCAUCCUUCAGAAUCCCCAAAUAAAGUGGUAAAAUCUACAUCAAUGAAAUUGGAUGUUAAAACAGAAAUAUCACCGGAAUUGCAGGUCAGUGAACGUUUUGAAUUAAAGACUCAACUUCAAGAAACCGAUUCAACGGAAACUAAAGUUGAACAACCCGAAGUUGAAUUAAUAGAAAACUCAGAAAAUGUUGAAUGUGAUGACUUAAUUAACGAGUCUAAAUUAAAAGACAGUGCUGACUCCAAUGAUGGAUUGUUGCAAAAAUCAGGAAGUGUUGGAUGUGAUGACGUAAUUAACGAGUUCAAAUUAACAGACAGUGCUUCGUCCAAUGUUAGAUUAAUACAAAAAUCAGAAGAUGUUGACUGUGGUAAAACGAAUAAAGAGUCUAUUAAUUCUGGCAUAGUGUUAGAUUUAAGCUCCCAUCAUCAGGAAUUAAAUUCAAAGAGAACAGAUGUUACAUUACCCAAUGUUGGCUUAACACAAGAACCUGCAAACGUAGAAUGUUAUGAAAUAAAUAAAGAGUCUGUAAAAACUAUUAAAGCUCAAAAGUUUGAUAAAACUGAUAACAAAAUUCCAGAAAAGGAAAAAGAAUUGGAUAUAGUGAAACUGUAUCGCAUCCAAAAGUGGCUAAAAGGAAUUUCUACUUAUGAUUUAACGGGAAAAUUUAUUCCAAGUGAUUCAAGCAGCACUUCGUCGUCUUCGACUUCUAAAAGAAAAUUGGAAGUUAAAGAUUCGAUUUCAGUGUGUUCAAGGGAUGGCAAUCCCUCAGUGUCACCGAACAAAAUGUUGAAAAUGCCUGAACAGGACCAAUUGGAUCCUGUUUCAUUGAAAUCGGAAAUUGCAGAAUCUGAAGACAACCAUCUUUACACCUGCAACAGAUGUUUUCAACUAUUCUUGACUCAAGAAGAUUUGGAUGACCACAGCGCAUCCUGCAAAUGGUAUUUUAAAGAUACACCAGUGAGUUGCGAUGUAAACCUGGAUUUAGAGGGUGAACGUCCCUUGCAGGAUAGUCUUGGCAAAAAGUCUUCCCUUGAGUCCCAGCCAGGAGAAAAUCUUGGUGAAAAAUAUUCAAUCCCGAUUUCGUCAGCAUCACAAAAACUAGAUUCUGAUAACGGUCAGCUUCAGCAGUUUUAUAAAUGUCCUGAAUGUGGGUGUUUACUAUCAUGCACAGAUCUUGACCUGUGUUAUCAUCAUGCAGUGACAUGCUUUUUCGUAAAUAUGCCUCGCCCUGAUUGCGAGGUAACGCGGCCCGAUGAUAUUCUUGAUUCCGGAGGGAAUUAUUCUGUUACACAUUCCGAUAAUACUGUCACUUCCGAAUUCCUAUACAACAUGCUAAAUUUUUAUAAGACUCAAUUUAUAAUAUCAACUAUACAGAUAUCGGAGGUUACGGAUGAUUAUGCUUCAUCUUCUGAGUCGAGCCAUUAUAACUGUCCCAUCUGUAUAGAACCGGUGCAAAAUCAAUCUUUGAGACAGCACAUAAAAAAUAAACAUAUGAAGAAGACAUUUUCUGCUAGAGAUGCUGCGAGAGAAUUAGCUGCUGAUGCGAGCAAGCAUGAAUUUGUAAAGGGAAGGGUUUUUAAAUGUAAAAAAUGUGGUGAAAAAUUCAGCAGUUUUGAAGGAAUAAAACUCCAUAUUGAUGCAUUUGCCAAAGGGAAUUGCGGUCCGGGAUCACACAUAUCAGAACCUUCUAAACAAAAUGUCAUAUCUGGUGCUGUGGAUAGAGGCUGCUGUUCGGGAUCAUCACAAACUCCAAUUCCUAUUGAAAAAAAUACCUCACCAGAGACUGCGGAUAGCGGUUGCAAUUCAGAAUCAUCACAAAUUCCAAUUCCCAUUGAACAAAAUGCCACACCAAUUUCUGUGGAUAGAGAUUGCUAUCCAGGAUCAUCACAAAUUCCAUAUCCUAUUGAACAAAGUACCAUAUCUGAGGCUGGGGUUAGAGAUUCAGGAUUAACACAAAUUCCAAGUACCAAUAAUCAAACUUCUACGAGCCAUCAGGGAUUUUCCCAAAUAACAGAAUCUGUUGAACUAACUUCCGGUGUUUCAUCUGCAGAUAAAAGUUUCGGUCCAGGAACAUCACGAAUUCCAGAUCCUGUAAAAGAGAAUGAUGGAUGCGAAUCAGCAGAAUGUGGUGACAGAAGGGGAAUAGAAGUAGAGGGAGCUUAUUCCGACCCCUAUGCAAGUAACUAUGUGGAAGAGACAGCUUUUACGUGCAGGCAUUGUUUUUAUGCGUGUGAGCAUUUGGAUGACAUGGUUGACCAUUAUUCAAUUCACGAAUUGCUAAGAGUUUGCUAUCCGUCAAAUUUCGAGUCUCCGGACGCUGUUUCAAAUCAGUUCCAAGUAUGUCCUUAUUGUUUAAAACAGUUUGAAGAUUGGAAUGCUUUGACAGAUCAUUUCCAGUUGAUUUACACUAGACAGUUUACUUGCACUGUAUGCCACGAGUUCCUGGCAACCCUAACUGAUUAUGAUUAUCAUCUUCAAGAACAUGAGACAGAUAUCAUAAAGAUAUAUCGCGAUUCACGAAAUGAUGCUCAGUUGACCAAUUCAACUGAAGAUCAAGAUAAUACCAAGAGCAUGCCGAAGAGAAGAAGAAAGAGAUCAAAGAAGGCUACAGAUAAUCAAAAAUCUGACAAGAGCUCUUUGGUGGAACAGGCUAAUCAUCCUUCCCCUAAUGCGAAACACGUUGGAGAUACUAGUAGACUUAAUAUCGAUACAAAUUCGUCUUAUGAGCAAAAGGCGAUUAAAGACGACACAAUUAAAAAUGACGCUAAUGAAUCAAACAUAGAACUUGAACACAGAUUUAAUACAAGACUUCAAAGCGACCAGUUCAUUCAAUCACCUACAAGUCAAGAAAGAGGGUGUACAAAUAUGCCCUCGGAUGAAAAUAACAAAAAACAAACAUCUAGGUACACAAGUGUCAGCUCUAAGUGUGAAGAGGAGUUUAGAUCCAUUGCAAGCCCUCCAAGUCCUCAAAUUGUUCAAUCGUCUAAUUAUAGUAAAGUUGCAACGAAAAAUAUGCAACAUGAUGAAGAGAACAUAAAGAAAGAAUUAGAAGAAGAAAAAUUUCAAAGAAAUCUUGAGGAAACCAUUGGAAGUUCUGUGUUUUCAGAAAUCCCUUCUACACAAGCACAAGAAGUUCUGUCUGCAAAGGUAUCGUGUGAGCAAGAAAUAAAAGACAUUCGAACGACAAAUAAAGAGUUUGAGAGCAAUUCGGAGACACUUAUAUCUGUUGCAGGCUCUUCGAGUCAACAAAUCAAGCAUUCAUCUUACGUUAGUCAAAUUGUUUCCUCAAGUGUAUCUUCGGAUCAGGAGGACAUCACUAAAAAGAUAAGUAAGGAAUCUGAAAAGAAUGUACAGGAAUCUUUAUCUGUUACACCUAAACCUUCAGUUCUCCAAUUUGCAAGUUCUGUUGAUCAAGAAGAUAUCACUAGAGAAGAUAAUGAAAAAACAAGUGAUGUAUCUGAAAGGAAUCUAAAGAGCUCAAAAUCUGCUACAGAUUCUCUAAGUCCUGAAAUUGUACCUUGCACUCAACAGAUCGUUUCCACCAAUGCAUCUUCGAAUCAAGAUGAUAUAAUUACUGAAAACAAACAAAAAUCUAUAUCUGUAACAUCUAGUUCAGUUUCUCAGCAGGAAAGUUGUAUAGAUCAAGAGGACGUCAUUAAAGAAGGCAAAGAAUCUGAAGAAAAUAAACACGAGUCUAUAUCUCCUCCCAGUUCUUCUAUUUCACAAAGUGCAAGUUCUUGUGAUCAAGAAGACACCAAUAAAAGAGACUGUAAUAAAACAAGUCAGAAUUGUGAGGGGAAUUUCGAAGCAUUCGUAUCUGCUGAAGAUUCCAAAAGCCCUCCUACCGCUUACAUUGAUAUUAUUUCCACAGACAUACCUUCUGAUCAAAAAGACAUCACUAGAGAGGAAAAUAAAGAAUCUGAAAGGAGUCUACAGGAAUCUAUAGCUGCCAUAGCAAGUUCUUCCACACCCCAAAUAAUCAAUUUACCAAAUAGCCAAGUGAUUUUUACCUAUACACCUGUUAAGGAAGAGGGUGAAAUUAGGAAAGACGAUAAAGAAGCAAAAAGUCAUUUGGAAGAGUACAAGUCUAUUGUAAGUCCACCAGAUUCUCGGCUUCCAGCCAUCAAAACAACGGAAAAUUACGAUGCGGACAUUUCUGCUGGUGCAUCGUCUGAUGAUCAAGAAGUAGUUCAAAUUGAAGUGUCUGGAACUUACGUGAUACGACCAAAGAAGGCCAGACAGGAGUCAAGUUCUGCACCUAUAGGUGAAAUUGCGUACACUUGUGCUAAGUGCAACAUAACAUUUGAAUCUGCGAGUAACUUCAUCGCACAUAAUAUGAUGCAUUCUAUUUUUUGGUGCCUCAAAUGUGAAAGAAAGUUCCGCUUAAAGUCAGCCUUCUUAGAACACCUUCAGGAACAUACUGGAAGGAAACCUUUUGCGUGUUUUCGUUGUUGGAGGAGUUAUGCAACAAAUAAUGAAUUCAGAAUCCAUUUGAACAAUUGUCCACCAGGGAAAAAGAGAGAAUCUGAAAGAGAAGACAGAAAUCGAGGAAGUUAAGAAGAAACACACUCUUGUAAAUCCAAGAAAUAUUUCUUUAAGUCCAAUAUCAGUUGCAUCAAGUGCGAAGACGCAAGAAAAACUAGCACAAAAACUGGCAAUUUUUCGAUUUUAAAAUUGUUUUUAUUUCUGCACAUAAAUUUUCGAAUAAUUUAGCUUUAGUAUGUGAAAGUUAAGUUAUAACUCAUUAGAAAAGGGUUUAAAUUACCUGAUUUAUUCGUUAUUUUAGAAGCAUCUUUUUAUAUUGCUUUACAUUAACAGUGCAAAAAAUGUGUAAAAACAAAAUGCAAAAGUUUAGUGUAGAAAGUU